UGCAGAGAAUCUUCAUGGAUUCUAAUGCUGGCAUCAAUGCAAGAAAAGUGUUGGGAAUGGGUUGGCUCUGGAUGGUCUGCUUCUUUCAUCUAGUCACCUCUCUAGAAGAAAUACUUCUGGAUACAACUGGAGAAACCUCAGAGAUUGGCUGGACCACUCACCCUUCUGAUGGGUGGGAUGAAGUAAGUGUCCUGGAUGACAAGAAGCGCCUGAUCCGAACCUUUGAAGUCUGUAAUGUGGCUGAACCAGGUCAGAAUAACUGGUUGCGUACUCAUUUCAUAGAGCGACGUGGAGCCCACCGAGUCCAUGUCCGCCUCCGUUUUUCAGUGAGAGACUGUGCCAGUAUGCGCACUGUGGCAUCUUCUUGCAAGGAGACUUUCACACUCUACUACCACCAGUCAGAUGCCAACAUAGCCUCUCAGGAACUGCCAGAAUGGCGUGAAGGCCCCUGGACCAAGGUGGAUACUAUUGCAGCUGAUGAAAGCUUUUCCCAGGUGGACAGUACUGGGAAGGUGGUAAAGAUGAAUAUUAAAGUACGCAGCUUUGGGCCACUCACUAAGCAUGGCUUCUACCUGGCCUUCCAGGACUCAGGAGCUUGCAUGUCUCUGGUGGCAGUCCAGGUCUUUUUCUACAAGUGCCCAGCUGUAGUGAAAGGAUUUGCCUCUUUCCCUGAAACUUUUGCGGGAGGGGAAAGAACCUCACUGGUGGAGUCACCAGGGAAAUGUAUAGCAAAUGCUGAAGAGACAAGCACAACUGGAUCUUCAGGUGUUCGGUUGCACUGCAAUGGAGAAGGGGAGUGGAUGGUGGCCAUAGGACGAUGCACCUGCAAGGCUGGCUACCAACCUGUUGAUGAUGAACAAGCCUGCCAAGCCUGUCCCCUUGGUUCCUUUAAAGUGUCUGUGGGAGACGACCCUUGCCAUCUCUGCCCUGCCCACAGCCAUGCUCCACAGCCAGGUUCCAGUGAAUGUGUGUGUCAGAAUCACUACUACCGAUCUGCUUCUGACAAUUCUGAUGCUCCCUGCACUGGUGUUCCCUCUGCUCCCCGUGACCUUAGCUAUGAAAUUGUUGGCUCCAACGUUCUCCUGACCUGGCGCCUUCCCAAGGACCUGGGUGGCCGCAAAGAUGUUUUCUUCAAUGUCAUCUGCAAAGUAUGCCCAACAGGUUCUCCAGGACCCUGUGUGCGCUGUGGAGACAGUGUACAAUUUGAACCACGCCAAAUGGGUCUGACAGAAAGUCGUGUGCAGGUCUCCAACUUGCUGGCCCGUGUGCAGUACACCUUUGAGAUCCAGGCUGUCAACUUGGUGACUGAGUUGAGUUCAGAAGCACCCCAUUAUGCCACAAUCAAUGUUAGCACCAGCCAGUCAGUCCCCUCUGCAGUCCCUAUGAUGCAUCAGGUGAGUCGUACUACCAGCAGCAUCACACUGUCUUGGCCUCAGCCAGACCAGCCCAAUGGGGUUAUCCUGGAUUAUCAGCUACGCUAUUUUGACAAGGCAGAAGAUGAGGAUAAUUCAUUCACCUUGACUAGUGAAACUAACAUGGCCACCAUAUUAAAUUUGAGCCCAGGAAAGAUCUAUGCCUUCCAAGUACGAGCUAGAACAGCAGUGGGCUAUGGUCCAUACAGUGGAAAGAUGUAUUUUCAAACUCUAAUGGGAGGCGAACGCUCGGAGAUGGUGCAGGACCGAUUGCCACUUAUCGUGGGCUCAGCGCUUGGUGGUCUAGCCUUCUUGGUCAUUGCUGCCAUUGCCAUCCUUGCCAUCAUCUUCAAGAGUAAAAGGCGGGAGACUCCAUAUACAGACCGCCUGCAGCAGUAUAUCAGUACACGAGGACUUGGAGUAAAAUACUACAUUGAUCCUUCAACCUACGAGGAUCCCAAUGAAGCUAUUCGAGAGUUUGCCAAGGAGAUUGAUGUGUCCUUCAUCAAGAUUGAGGAGGUCAUUGGAUCAGGAGAGUUUGGAGAGGUGUGCUUUGGGCGCCUAAAACACCCAGGGAAACGUGAAUGCACAGUAGCUAUUAAAACAUUGAAGUCAGGUUAUACAGAUGAGCAGCGGCGAGAGUUCCUGAGUGAGGCCAGCAUCAUGGGGCAAUUUGAACAUCCCAACGUCAUCCAUCUGGAGGGUGUGGUCACCAAGAGCCGACCAGUCAUGAUUGUUACAGAGUUCAUGGAUAAUGGAUCAUUGGAUUCCUUCCUCAGGCAAAAGGAGGGACAGUUCAGUGUGUUACAGCUGGUGGGAAUGCUACGAGGGAUUGCAGCUGGCAUGCGCUACCUUUCAGACAUGAACUAUGUGCAUCGUGACCUGGCAGCACGUAACAUCUUAGUCAACAGUAACCUCGUGUGCAAGGUUUCAGACUUUGGUUUGUCUCGCUUUUUGGAGGAUGAUGCUUCAAAUCCUACCUAUACUGGAGCUCUGGGCUGCAAAAUCCCCAUCCGUUGGACUGCCCCUGAAGCUGUCCAGUAUCGCAAGUUCACCUCCUCCAGUGAUGUCUGGAGCUAUGGCAUUGUCAUGUGGGAAGUGAUGUCCUACGGUGAAAGACCUUACUGGGACAUGUCCAAUCAGGAUGUAAUUAAUGCUAUUGACCAGGACUAUCGCCUGCCACCACCUCCGGACUGCCCAACUGUUUUGCACCUGCUGAUGCUUGACUGCUGGCAGAAGGAGCGGGUCCAGAGACCCAAAUUUGAACAAAUAGUUAGCGCCCUAGAUAAAAUGAUCCGCAAGCCAUCUGCUCUCAAAGCCACUGGCACUGGGAGCAGCAGACCAUCUCAGCCUCUCCUGAGCAACUCCCCUCCAGAUUUCCUUUCACUCAGCAAUGCCCAUGAGUGGUUGGAUGCCAUCAAGAUGGGUCGUUACAAGGAAAAUUUUGACCAGGCUGGUCUGCUUACAUUCGAUGUCAUAUCACGCAUGACUCUGGAAGAUAUCCAGCAUAUUGGAAUCACCCUGGUUGGUCACCAGAAAAAGAUUCUAAACAGCAUUCAGCUCAUGCGAGUCCAUUUGAAUCAGCUUGAACGAGUUGAAGUAUGAUGUUUAAAUCAUCCUUACUCCACCGGUCUUAAAUUCUGGAAGGGUACUAGGAGAAUUCAGAGGAAUUUUCACUAUAAGAAAAAGAGAUGGCAAGAUGCUCCUUGAAGACUUAAUGCACCCAGAGAGUGGACAUUACAUGUCCCAUUUCAUCAACAAAAACAGAAUCUUGCCAUGAUUUGAAAGCAGAGCAAAAUAACUGGUGGCAUUUAAAUGUGGCUGACAUCACACAUUAGGAGUAGACUGGGGGAGGGAACGUUAUAAUAACAUAGUGAGGAGCUGGAAUAAUAGUUUGGACAGAUCACAAGCACCUGUUAGCUCUUCUCUGCUAACUAAAGGUAUCAGACAACUUUACAAAGCCAUUAGUAGGCUUUAUCUGUGGCUGGGAGUCCAGCAAAGCUGCAAAGACAUAGUAAAAGACUACAAAAAAAAAUACCAUUUUUCCAAAAGAAUGUCAUUGUGAUGUGAGAGAAGGCAUCACUUGUAAUGCCAGAUUUAUGGGAAAAUCAAUUUCCGUUUAGUGCACAACAUGUGGUAAGCAAUGAGACCUGGUAAUUUUUACAGAGGUUGAGAGUAAAGGGCUCAAAAUUCUAUGCCAUUUCAUGUGCAGUUCUUGGGUCUAUUCCAUGAUCCAUGAGGGAAACUUACUAAUCCACAGUGAGUCCUCGACGCUACGCAGCUUUAUUUAUGGCACUGCAACAGAAUUGAACAGUAAGGAUUCCUAUAAUCCAUACUGCUGGAUCUGUAAGUAGAGAGGGAAAUGAGUAGGUUCUCACCAAACCAUUCUUGAGAGAAAAAGCUGCAAUAUUCUGAUAUCCUGAGUGCUGGAAUUUGAGCUUCAGUGCUUUUUGACCUGCUUACAGACAUUGACAAGAGUGAAAGGAAUCCAAAGUCCUUUGUUGUUGAAAAAUGCUUGCUCCCUUCCUCACUCUCACCAGCUACAAAAGUUGGCACAGAUAUUGGUUGAAUUUUUUUUUUUUUUUUUAAGAAAAUGUGGACCUGUAGUAGUCAACUCCAAACAGACAAUUGGAUCAAGAGAUGUGAAACACUUUCACAAGUUCUUUUCAGGAGUCACCAGAGAAUGGUACCAGUCCCAGCAGUAAGUUCAGUCCCUAAAACAGGAAUAAGAAUUUUCUCAGGAUCACCCAUGCUGUCUAACUGGUAGUGCAUGAGAAUGAUCAGAAGAGAUGGGUUCUCUCCAUUCAGAUAGACUAGUACCUGCUUGAGGAAAGAUCUCUUCAGACAGGGGCAAAGUGUCAGGGUUUAGGACUCUGUCCUGUGUCUGUCCCUAUACAGGAGUAUGAAAACUGAGUUUGAGAGUAAAACUCAUAAACUAAACACUUGUCCACUUCACCAACGCAUAGGAAAGGAAGUGGAAAUGGCAUUGUUAAGCAAGAUGCCAAUGAAGACACUGCAUAAAAAGAUGUUUUCUUUGUGUCUAGAGAGGGAAUUGUCCUACUUGUUCUGAUCUGUUCAUGUCUGUUGGUUCAAUGUGCACUAGUCAUCAACUUAUAAUAUUUCUCUAGCUGUCAAGAGUAGCACAACUUCUGCAGGACUAAUUCCUGUAUGGUUUUAAGAAUUCCCCCAGGC